AUGAUGCGUACUACCCACAUUUCUAUAGGCCUGCUGGUGCUAUAUGCUAUUUACCUUGUACGUUUAAUCUGUAUACUGCCGUUUUUUCUGAAGCAAAGGCAAGAUGACAGCCCAUUGCGGCUGAACUCGAAGCGAAAGGGGCAAUUGAAGGUUUUUGUCUUCUUGGGAUCUGGCGGACAUACGGGGGAGAUGUUGCGGUUAUUGGAGAAUUAUAGUGAUUUGUUGCUUGCCAAUAGUAAUACAUUAUUCGUUGGCUAUUCCGACACACAAUCACGCGCAGCGUUUGCGCAGCUGGCCAAAAAGACAGACUUGAAGUGCCGCAUUGAAUUCUACGAAUUCAUCAAGGCUCGUGAAGUUAAUUCGAGCUAUUUUUCCAGCUUCGUAACAAUUGUGAGAACUCUGGUCGAUUCAUGUUUCAAAGCUCUGAGCAUAUCGCUUAGAUUUUAUUCCAGCCCACAUUUGGUACUACUAAAUGGUCCUGGGACAUGUUGCGUAUUAGCAUUAUGGUUUAAAUUGUUUGAAUGGGUAAACCUAUUUCAGUCAAGAUCUAACAUAGUAUAUGUCGAAUCAUUGGCACGAAUUACGUCAUUAAGUCUGAGUGGUAAGCUUUUAUAUUGGUUAGCCGAUUCUUUCGUUGUGCAGUGGAAGGAAUUACAGAUUGCAAAACCCCGAGCCGAAUACUACGGAAUUCUUGUUUAG